AUCUAUUAAUUUAUUUAAUUUUCAGUAACCUUCGCCCAAUCUCAAAGAGGGGGCCGCCUCCUCAUAUUCAAGGGUUACUCGUAUAGCCUACAGAAGUUCAACAACAACAUCGGCCAAUGGAGAUGCACCAUGGUCCAGCCCGGCACGGCGAAGAGGUGUACUGCCAAGCUGUUCACAGGAGAGGACUUCAAGGCGAAUUCCUCUGGACCAAAAGGGGCGGCAAGCAUCCCCUCCUCCUCUUCUCCGGGUAUACCUACAGCUACCAGAAGGAGAACGCCCUGGGCCGGAUUUCUUGGUACUGUUCCAGGAGGCUGAAGGGCUGCAGAGCGUCGGCCGUUAGCUACGGAACCCGCGUGAUCGCCUACAAGCCUCAUGAUCAUCCACCGCCGAAGAUUACUAUGGGGUCCACAGAGACCCAGCAAGAACCUGAUCCUCAUAUAUUAGCUGUUUACACAAAAUCUGAGGUUAAACAUUGAAAUCAUGUCUUUUACCAUGCUAUUCAGCGUUGCAUAUCAAUGUACUGU